UCGGAAAAAUCAUGAGAACCUUGUUAUCAUACGACGGUCUGGCAACACUGGCGGAAUCGUUUUUUUCACCGCAGUGUGAGAAACUCGUGGCGCGAACUCGGAAAAAGGCGACAGGCACACUCCGCAUGUUUUGUAAUGGUUAGAUGGUUAUGUUCAGGACGAUAUCCAUUCGCCGGCUGCUGCACCAAUCCCCGCCACGAUGUCGAGGUCUGAUUGCCGCCAACGCCCCCCACUGGCGCACCCUUUGCACCGCCAACCGGGUCAAGGACGAAGCGACGGAGGCGGCGGAACAGUCAUCGGCGGAGACCUCGCCGGGGGAGCUGCUGCGUCAGUUCGCCACCAUGCCCGUUGACCGCAUUCGUAACUUUAGCAUCAUCGCCCAUGUGGAUCACGGCAAGAGCACCCUGGCCGAUCGAAUACUGGAGCUGACAGGCGCAAUUGCCAGGAAUGCCGGCCAGCAUCAGGUCCUGGACAGCCUCCAGGUGGAACGGGAGCGCGGUAUCACGGUGAAGGCACAGACAGCGUCAAUCUUCUACAAACACCAGGGGCAGCUCUACCUCCUCAACCUGAUCGACACGCCGGGUCACGUGGAUUUCUCAAAUGAGGUCUCCCGCUCCCUGGCUGCCUGUGACGGCGUAGUCCUGCUGGUGGAUGCCUGCCACGGUGUCCAGGCACAGACUGUGGCCAACUACCAUCUGGCCAAGCAGCGUAAUCUGGCUGUGGUGCCGGUUCUAAACAAGAUUGACAUCAAACACGCCAAUCCCGACCAAGUGUGCCAGGAUAUGAAGCUCUUGUUUGGCAUUGAUCCCGCCCAGGUGCUGCGUGUGUCUGCCAAACUGGGCACAGGGGUCUCCAAGGUCCUGGAGCGCAUCAUCGAGGCGAUACCGCCGCCACAGGUGCAGCGAGAGAGCGAGUUCCGGGCGCUGAUCUUCGACAGCUGGUUCGAUAAGUACCGCGGGGCACUGAAUCUUAUAUAUGUCCUAAAUGGAAAGCUGGAACUCAACCAGGACAUCCAAUCGCUGGCCACCAAGAAGGUGUAUCCCGUAAAAAGCAUUUCUGUGUUGAGACCGGCCGAAUCUCCGGUUCCCGAUUUAUCGGCCGGCCAGGUGGGUCUGAUUGCCUGCAACAUGCGGAACAGCAAAGAAUCCAUCGUGGGCGACACCAUCCACCUGAAGAACCAGGCUGUGACCGCCGCUGGGAGUUACAAGCCCCAGCAGCCGCUUGUGUUUGCCGGCGUCUUUCCGUCGGAUCAGUCCAAGCACGUGGCUCUGCGAAGUGCCAUCGAUAAGAUGGUAUUGAACGACUCGGCUGUCACCGUUAAGGUGGACUCCAGUCCAGCUCUCGGUCAGGGCUGGCGUCUGGGCUUCCUCGGCCUCCUGCACAUGGAGGUCUUUUGCCAAAGACUGGAACAAGAACAUGGUGCGGAGCCCAUUAUCACGGCUCCAUCGGUCACCUACAGACUGACAUUAAGUAAUCCCAAGCUGAUCAAGCAGCAGGGUCGCGACACCCUGGACAUAUCCAAUGCAGCUCUAUUCCCGGAACCGCACAGCAUCAAGGAGUAUUUUGAGCCGCUGGUGAUUGGAACGAUUAUCACGCCCACGGAGUAUGUGGGUCAGAUAAUCGGGCUCUGUGUGGAACGUCGCGGCCUCCAGCAGAGUUGCGUGAACAUCGACGAGACCCGCGUCCUCAUGAAGUACAUCCUGCCACUGAGCGAGAUCAUUCUCGACUUCCACGACCGCCUCAAGUCCAUGAGCUCCGGUUACGCGAGCUUCACCUACGAGGAUCACGGCUACCAUCCCUCCAACCUGGUGCGAUUGGACAUCCACUUGAAUGGCAAGCCAGUGGAGGAACUGUGCCGGAUAGUCCACGUAUCCAAAGCCACGGGCGUGGCCCGACAGAUGGUGCUCAAGCUAAAGGAUCUCAUACCGAAGCAGAUGGUCCAGAUUGCCAUACAGGCGUGUGUGGGCAGCAAGGUCCUGGCCCGGGAAACAAUCAAGGCGUAUAGGAAGGAUGUAACGGCCAAGCUAUAUGGCGGAGAUGUGACCCGGCGGAUGAAGUUGCUCAAGCAGCAGGCGGAGGGCAAGAAGAAGAUGCGAAUGUUUGCCAACAUUCGAGUGCCGCACGAGACCUUCAUCAAUGUCCUGAAGCGAUAGUCCGGCUAAUACUCCAUCCUU